AUGGGCCCGACAGUAUUGAUUUACACUGUGGCCAACAAAAACAAACUCUCGAGGGUCAUGCGCGAGAGGCUGAAGCAGAAGGCCAAGGGCUUGAGCUUCGAGGAAAGGCUUGCCACUAGCCGCCCCCGCCGCGCGAACAACGCCUUGACGGCGGCGGCGGGGAGAUGGGGAGGCGAUGGAGAGAAGGUGGAUUGGCAGAAGGUGGAGAGAAGGUGGAUGGGGAAGGGCGAGCAGCUGAGGGGCAUCUUCACGCACGACGAAAUCAGGCGCCUCUACGGACAAUUCGGCACGCAGAGGGCGGGCAACGACAGCGCGGAGGACGCUUACGCGCAGGCCGAUAAGAGCGGCCCUGGCAAGAAGAACAAGGCCAAGCUGAAGCUCCUCAUGGCGUGGAUCAAGCCCGAGGAUCCAGAAAUGGGGGAUGGCUUCUGGGAGAUCUGCAGCAAGAUCGGCGUGAGGGAGAAGCUCAAGGUCGAGGGCACCUUCCAGCCGUGGAAGUACUUCGUCGACAAGUACGGCGAGUCGGAGGCGGAGGAGAUGUACGAGGACGGUAAGCUUCAGGCGAAGAAGAACCCUCGGAACCCGAAGCGCAAGCUCUUUUUGGAGAUCAUCGAGGGGUUCGAGAAAGAUGUCGUGAAGGAGAAGAACAGGUCCGCGAAGGGCAAGAAGAAGGUCGAGGGCGAGACGUUCCAGCAGAUGGUUGCGGGCAUGGGCAAGAGCAAGAUGAAGCAGAACCUGGAACUUGACUUGGCCAAGUCCGACUUCAAGACUCCAGAGGACUGCAUGAAGACCGCCAAGGUAUUCUUCGAGAAGGGUUCGGUCACGCGGGUCGUUGUCCAGAAGAUGAUGGACGCCAUGAUCGCCGCGAAGGGCACCCACCUGGAGAAGGAGACGCCGAAGGCGAAGAAGUUCGCUAAGACGAUCAAGGUGGCCGCAGCGACCAAGGACGUGGCCCUCGCGAGUGCUCGGGUAGAGGUCAAAGUGAGUUGCCUCUCUCUCGCUUGCGUCGGUCUGCCAUCCAAGCGCGCAGGCACGUUGCCAACGACUGGCAUUGUGCCGCAGCCAGAUCUGCUCGAGCUUGGCACCAUGGCCAGCAGGGCCAAGCGGCGGUUGCCCCCCGUUCAGGAGCCCAGCGAUUCAGAUGGCGCAGGGUCGGAUGAUCUUGACCCGAACGAUGCAUACGUCGAGGCCCAGGAACGUUUCAGGAAGCACUGGAUGAAGUCUAAGAAGCGCGAGCAUCCCUACGAAUUCGAUCACCCAGUGAUGAAAGUGUGGGGCGUGAACGCCUACACGUUAUCGAUAGAUUCAAUGCAUUGUGUCGACCUUGGCGUGUCGUCGCGCAUGUUAGGCAAUUGCUUGUGCGAGAUGGUCUACGAGCAACGGCCGCACGGAGAGUGUUUUCGGACUAGCCAGCACGGAAGUUGGCUGGCCGAGCCAGCGCAGAACUGGCAAGGAUGCCACGGCUUCGUGGCGCAGCGGGGCGGGGUGAGCGAGGCCAAGAAGCUGCGCGUCGUGAUCGCGGGAGGCGGCGUCGGCGGCCUGGUGACUGCCAAGGCAUUGUCCAAGUGCCCCAACGUUCAGGUGACUGUGCUGGAGCAGGCCGGCGCCUUCGCCCGCUUCGGCGGCCCGAUCCAGAUGGCCUCGAACGCUCUGUCCACGAUCCGGGCGAUCGACGAGCCCCUGUUUGAGAAGCUCAUGGGUCGCUUUACGUUCACCGGCUGCCGGAAGAACGGCCUUGUGGACGCGCUGCGGUCCGAGUGGUAUUGCCCGUUCGACGCCAUGAAGUCCGCGGCGGAGAUGUUCGAGCUGCCCUACACGGGCGUCGUCGACAGGCCCGACCUGCAGGAAAUUUUGCUCGAGGCGCUCCCGGAGGGCACCGUUCAUAACGGGAAGAAGGUUUCGGGCUACGAGAAGUUGCCCGACUUCCAGGGCGUGAAGAUCAGCCUCGAGGACGGCGAGACGGUGGAGGCGGACGUGCUCCUGGGCGCCGACGGCAUCUGGUCCGCCACACGCGCCCAAAUGUGGAACGAGGAGAAGAAGGGCCCGGGCUCUGGCUGCACCUAUAGCGGCUACAUCGUCUUCGCGGGGGAGACCGUGUACGAGCCCGAAGACUAUUUCGACGUCGGUUACAAGGUCUACAUGGGGCCCAAGCAGUAUUUUGUGACGUCCGAUGUUGGUCGUGGGCGGAUCCAGUGGUACGCGUUCGUCGGUAUCCCCGAAAGCGUGAAGAUCCCGGCGCAGGCUGACGACAGGAAGUCCUUCAUACGCAAAAGGUUCUGGGGCUGGUCCGAGCAGAUCCUCGACCUCCUCGAUGCCACCCCCGCAGCAGUCAUUGAGGACCGUGCCCUCUACGACCGUCCUCCCUCAUUCUUCAAGUCUUGGGCAGACGGGCCUGUGGCACUCAUGGGUGACGCCUGCCACCCCAUGAUGCCCAACCUGGGCCAGGGCGGCUGCCAGGCCAUGGAGGACGGCUACGUGCUCACGCAGAAGCUGGGCACAAUCACCAACACCUCGCAGAUCCCCGGCGCGCUCGAGGAGUACUACCGGGAGCGCAUCCUGCGGACGGCCGCCGUGCAGUUCCUCUCCCGCAUCGCCUCGGAUCUGCUGCUGGACACCUUCACCUUCCCCUGGAAGCCCGAAGAGGGCCUGAGCGCUCCCCACGGACAGGGCAGGGGGGACUUCAGCUACUCCCCCGUCCUGAUCAACUACCUCAGGCACCUGCUGCCAGGCAUCUUCACCGCGCAGUUCUCGUUCCUGUACUCCUUCCACCCGCACAAGUGGGACAGCCAGGCCGAGGUGGACAAGCUCGUGCGCGAGGUGUCGGAACGCGGCCGCAGGGACGCGCACGAGGCGUGGGGCAAGCGCAAGGACGCGGUGGAGAAGGGCGAGCAGGACGACUCCGGCUCCGGCGUCCCGUCCUUCUUCGCAAAGGUCGCCUCGACCGCCUGA